AUUACAUAUACGCACAUUACAUAUACUGUUUAUACAUUUUCACAUUCCCAGUCAAUAUCUUGCACAUUAUUUCUGAACUCAACUGCUCUCUUCUGUAAAAUGUUAUUGUCUGUAAAAUGUUAUUUAUAUAUUUGUACCGCCUGUCUUUUGCAGUAGUUGUAUUUUUCUUACUUUGAUACUUGUUUUUCUCUCGUCUUCUGUUUUUUUAUUGUCAUGCACCACAACAACAAGGUAAAUUUCUUAUAUGUGCAAACUUACAUGGCAAUAAAUCUGAUUCAGCUACUACAAAUUUGAUGGUUUUGUAGGCUUUACUUGAGUAUUUCCAUUUUCUGAUACUUUUACUUCCACCCCACUACAUUCCAGAGGAGAAUAUUGCUUUGACCUACAUUUAGCUGAUAAGUAACAUUUUGAAUGCGGGACUUAUAUUUCUGAUGAGCACUUUUACAUUGUGGUAUUGACACUUUUAAUUGAGUAAAGGGUCUGAAUACUUUUUUCACCACUGAGCACUGUCUCUCGUAGGCUACUGAAAAGUGCCACACACUGACGCCACCACAUAGUCUUGUUCAUCAGGACUGGGUCGCAUAAGCUCCAGGAUUCAUGGAGCCCUCUCAGUGCGAGUCCUCGGCUCUGGAGCGCUUACCUUUCAACAACAUCGCACUGAACAGGCUGCCGGUGGAUGACUCGGAGGAGCCCGGGUCCCGGACCGUCCCGGCGGCGUGUUUCUCCCGAAUUCGAGCUCUUCAGCCGCUAGCGCGCCCGACCUUCGUGGCUCUAUCCCAGUCAGCGCUGGCUCUGCUCGGCCUGGGAGUGCAGGAUGUGCUGAGUGAUCCUCUGGGCCCGGAGUAUUUGAGUGGCUCCCGGCUGCUGCCGGGCUCCCAGCCGGCUGCGCACUGUUACAGCGGUCACCAGUUUGGGCUGUUUGCGGGUCAGCUGGGAGAUGGAGCGGUGAUGUACCUGGGGGAGGUAGAGUCCGUCACCCAUGGGCGAUGGGAGAUUCAGGUGAAAGGUGCAGGAAUCACACCUUACUCCAGAGAUGGUGAUGGCAGGAAGGUGCUUCGCUCCAGCAUCAGAGAGUUCUUGUGCAGCGAGGCCAUGGCUGCCCUGGGGAUACCCAGCACCCGUGCAGCCUCCCUUGUGACCUCUGACCUCUAUGUCAGCAGGGAUCCUCUGAACAGUGGCCAGCGCAUUGAUGAGCGCUGCUCAGUUGUCCUGCGUCUCGCCCCUUCCUUCAUCAGGUUUGGAUCUUUUGAGAUAUUUCUGGGCCGAGAUGGAUUCUCAGGCCUGCAGGGUCCCAGCACAGGGCGGCAUGACAUUCGCGCUCAGCUGCUGGAUUAUGUCAUCGAGACUUUCUUUCCUUCUAUUCAACAGGCUUAUAGCAACAGGAAAAACAGGAAUUUGGCUUUUUUCAGAGAGGUGAUGGUGCGAACUGCUAAACUAGUGGCCCAGUGGCAGUGUGUUGGGUUUUGCCAUGGCGUGCUAAACACAGACAAUAUGAGCAUCCUGGGUCUGACUCUGGAUUAUGGCCCCUUUGGUUUCAUGGACAGAUUUGAUCCAGAUUUUGUUUGCAACGCCUCAGACAAAAGAGGGCGAUACUCAUACCAAGCCCAGCCGUCCAUGUGCCGCUGGAACCUGGCUCGCCUGGCGGAGGCAUUGGGCUCUGAGCUGGAUGCAGCCAAGGCCAGAGCUAUCCUGGAUGAAUUUAUGCCCACAUAUGAAACCUUCUACCUGUCUAUCAUGAGGAAGAAAUUGGGCCUUGUGAGGAAAGAAGAGGCAGAGGACAGAGAGCUCAUAUCAGACCUGCUGCAUCUCAUGCACAAUACUGGUGCAGAUUAUACCAACACCUUCCACCUGCUGAGCCGUGUGCCCUGGCCUGAGGAGGGUGAGAGUGAGAGGGCGACAGUCGGGCCAGUAGUGGACCUCAUCCUAGAGCAGUGUGCCUCUAUUGAGGAGCUAAAGGUGGCUAAUAAGCCAACUAUGGAGAACCGUGAGUUGGCGAUGAUUUUGUCCAUGGCACAAACCAACCCAGUCAUGUUUGGCAUGGUGGCAGACAGGCCAGGUGUGUCCCACCAGCUGGACCUAAUGUGCCGACUAAAGGAGCUGCUUGAGACGGAUCAGGAUGAGCUCAAGGAAAAGCAUCAUGAUGACUGGAUUCGCUGGGUUAGCCGAUACAGGAGGCGUUUAACCAGGGAGUGUGAUGGCACAAGUGACUUGUCCCUCAUCAUAAAGGAGAGACUCAAUGUGAUGAACAGCACCAACCCCCGUGUCGUCUUACGCAACUACAUCGCCCAGAAUGCAAUUCAGGCUGCUGAAAAGGGAGACUUCUCUGAGGUCAACAGGGUCCUCAGAGUUCUGGAGAAACCAUAUUCUGAUGCAUUUGGGCUGGAGCCUUUGGAUGGAUCUAAUGCAUGUAGUGAAAACGAGCAGAAAGGCAGGGAACUGACUGUUGGCUACAACAGGAAGUCUCCUUCCUGGGCACAAAAAAUUUGCGUCACUUGAUCCUCAUAGAGCCUCCCAGGUGGCAGAAGGAGAGAGGUCUGCUUUCACUGUUGGACCACAUACAGUAGACCACAGUUGUCAGCGCAAACAAGAUCUGGGUUGUCGGUGUGAAAGGAAAUUAAUGGUUUGGCACUAACAUGUCAGUUUUUCUCUCCACUCCCAUUGUUCCCACGUCUGACUUGGUUUCUCUCCUAGCUGAAGGAGGAUGUUACAGUUUGUAACCCAGUGUGUUCCAGUGUUCAUCAGGAUUGGCAUAGAUUUUGAUUUGUGUGGUCAUUUCAUCCUGUAACUAAUAAUACAACAGCAUCAAAUUUCAAAACAAUUGGUGCAAUCAACAAAGAACAAUUAAAAAGAUUGGUGAUAGUAAAAAGCAGGCAAGUUUUGUCACACCGACAAGAAGUCAAUGCAUUUAGCUGAUGAAGUAUGAUGGCUCAGAUGACCAGUCACAUAAUGACCUGUCUGGGUCUGAAACACCAAGAACACACUCAUAGAACACUCAUGUACUUAAUGAAUAUAUAAGGUCAGCAUCUUCAAUUGUAUAGAAGCAGAAUUAUGUCAAAUUAAAUUCAGUUAGUUUAACAUAGCUGUAUCACAAAUGAGCUCAAACAUGCUACUGUUAGUAACUGAAACCUACUGUAGGAAUAUGAUAUGAUUGGUCAUAUAUCUUUGUAACAGUUUCUCAAUAAAGUCUGUUAAAUAACUGUAGAUGUUUGUUUAAACCUAUAAGAAGACAUAUGUACAUUCCAGCAUUUUCUCAAUAUCGGAAUAAAUGAUUUUCCAA